GAAACUUUCAGUAGUUUAGCAAGUGAAUACGGCGUAGGCCGAUCUACAAUUUAAGAAGAUCAAGAAGUGCCUGUCAACUACUGACUGCGGGCCAGGCAAGAGACAGACACUCAAAAAAGCUGAACAUCCAGAAGUGGAAGAAGCUUUGUACAUGUGGUUACUUCAGGAAAGAAAUAGGCAUGCACCGAUUUCAGGACCCAUGUUGGCCAUGAAAGCCAAGUUUUCUUAUAAGGAAAUAACAAAAAAGAUGAUUUUGUGGCCAGCAAAGGAUGGCUACAACGUUUUAAAAGUCGUCAUGGCAUACGUUUAAUGACUAUUACAGGAAAGAAACUUUCUAAUGAUGCCACCUGCAUAGAGCCCUU